AGCUGGGCACAGCCAGGGGCAGCGCGAGGGGGAGGCGGCCCGGAGAGGUCCCGACAUAAUGUGAUGCAGGAAGAGAGCGCAAAUGCUAUGGAAUGUGAGCAGCUGCCAGCAGAGACACUGCGACAAGUGACCAUUCACCGAGACCCUAUAUAUGGCUUUGGCUUCGUGGCUGGCAGUGAGAGGCCUGUGGUGGUGCGAUCUGUGAGGCCAGGAGGCCCCUCUGAGGACAAGCUCCUGGCUGGCGACCGGAUUGUGGCUAUUAAUGAGGAGGACGUGAGUGAAGCCCCCAGGAAGAAGUUCAUAGAACUCAUCAGGAGCUCUAAGGAAUCCAUCGUUCUUACAGUUCUGCACACUCAUCAGUCUCCCAAAUCUGCCUUCAUCAGUGCUGCGAAGAAGGCCAAGCUGAGAUCCAAUCCUGUGAAGGUUCGAUUUUCCGAGCACGUGAAAGUUGGAGAAACAGAUGCAAAAAUGAUGAAGAAAGAAGCUCUUCUCCUCAUCCCCAAUGUCCUGAAGGUUUUUUUAGAAAACGGGCAGAUCAAGUCGUUCACAUUUGAUGGCCGGACCACUGUUAAGGAUGUGAUGAUGACAUUACAAGACCGUCUUUCCCUGAGAUACAUUGAGCACUUUGCUCUUGUCCUUGAGUAUGCUGGGCCAGAACAGAGCCACAAAUUCCUGCUUCUCCAGGACAAGCAACCCCUGGCUUAUGUGGUGCAGCGGACACACUAUCAAGGAAUGAAAUGCCUCUUCCGAAUAAGUUUCUUUCCCAAAGACCCAGUGGAGCUGCUACGUCGGGAUCCCGCUGCUUUCGAGUACCUGUACAUCCAGAGUCGGAAUGAUGUUAUCCGAGAACGCUUCGGAAUGGACCCCAAGCCGGAGAUGCUUUUGGGCCUUGCUGCCCUUCACAUCUAUAUCACUGUCUCAGCCACUCGACCUAGUCAGAAGAUUUCGCUCAAGAAUGUAGAGAAGGAGUGGGGCCUGGAACCCUUUCUUCCCCCCUCCCUCCUGCAGGGCAUCAAAGAGAAGAACCUCCGAAAAUCUCUCUCUCAGCAACUUAAGGCCCACCAAACACAUCCUUCCAGCAGCACCAAGGGCUCUGCAAUUCAGGCAAAGCUCCAGUAUCUUCGAAUUCUGAAUGAACUUCCAACCUUCACUGGCGUUUUGUUCAACACUGUGGGCCUGGACGAGAAGCAGUCAGCCACCACUCUCCUGGUGGGACCCCGUCAUGGUAUCAGCCAUGUUAUUGACCUCAAAACCAACCUUACCACUGUGCUGUCCGAGUUCAGCAAGAUCAGCAAGAUCCAGCUGUUCCGGGAGAACCAGGGCGUGGCACGGGUGGAGACCAGCAUCAUGGAUGCCAAGCCUCUGGUUCUGUUGAUGGAGUGGCCUGAAGCCACCAACUUUGCCUGCCUGAUUGCGGGGUACUGCCGCCUUCUGCUGGAUUCCAGGAAGAUGGUCUUCUCCAGGCCCACCAGCCAGCCUCUUCCACCUCCAAUGAUCAAGGCAGAUUACAUGCACAGCGCCCACCGCCCUGUCACUGGGGGCCACCUGGGGAAAAAGGAGAGUAGUUAUGUGGGCGGCGUGGGCACCAGCCCCAGGAAGUCGAGCCGCUGCACGCCCCCGCCUGCCGACUCUGAGCUUGUCAGCUUUUGCUACCUCCACAUGCGGGAACAAAGGAAGGAGCAAGAAAGCCGGACAGAUGUCAAUGAGAAUUUAAUCUUCUUUGAGGAGACCAGGCCCCGGACCAAGUCUGACCCCACAUCCAAAAGCUCUGGCCAAGGUUACGAUAUGGUCCCUGAUGACUUUGACGUAGCCAGCCUAGACCACGAGCCUUGUGCCAGCAGGGCCCGGUCCUAUACCCUGGACAAUUCUCUUGGCGCUGAAGCCCUGAAUUUCUACUGUGACUCUUGCAAAGCCAAACUCCAGGAUCAGCUGGGUCCUCGCAAAGGUGGGAGGUCUGGAUCCUCUCGUGACAACAUAGUAGACUUGAUGUCCCUCCCACCCCCUGGGAGUGAAGAGGAGGAGGAGGAGGAAGAUGAGAGCACUUCACUGUUGCCUGCCAUUGCUGCCCCACCUCCUGGUUUCCGAGACAACAGUUCUGAUGAGGAUGACCCCAAGCGCCGGGCUGUCCAAAGCCAGGAGCAAGGACGUCACCUGCGUGGGCUCCUGUACGAUGAGAUUCCAGUGACAUUGAUUGACAGUGUGCAGACCCGGACAGUCCGAGAUCAUGCCCAGGAGCUAGAUGAUGCCCUGGUGUCCACUCUGCAGGCUCUGGAAGCCCUGGCAGCCUCAGAGGAUGGACCACACCCCCCACCCCCACAGACUGCAGGUCUGAUUGUGCUGGCCACAAUCACCCCCGAAUCAUCGCUGGACUCAGGCCAUGAAACCAACUCUUCAGAGCUCACAGACAUGUCGGAGAUGAUGUCUGCCAUGAAGCAGCACCAAAACACCACCUACUUCUUGGCCCAGCACCUCAAUAAGGACAGUCUCCUGGCCCGCAAGGACCUGCCCUUUCGGAUCCAGAGCUGUGCAGCCCAGGCCGUUCUCACAGCCCCUUACUCUCUUGGGCGCCCGGAUCCCAACCCAUCCCUCCAUCCAGCUGUCCCAGGCCAGAGUCCUGGUCCCCCUGGCACUCGCAGGAAGCUGCCCCAGUCAGAGGCCCAGCCACAGCGAGAGCGAACAUAUGCCCUGGCAGUGCACCCAGCACUGUCCCCACAGCUUAAUGAGCAGAAGAGUCUGAGCCUGCUGUCCCCAGUUCCUGAGAACAAAGGGCCUGGCCACACUAGGGCAAGUCUAGAGAUGUCACUGAGGGCGGCCACAGCAUCCCUCAGUGAAGAGCAGGUCUCUGAGCUAAGGGAGAACCUGCCAAAGGAAGUCAGGUUGAGCCCCAAGCUUAUCCUGGACCCAAAGGGCAGUGUAACCCCAGCUAUCAUCUCGACCACCCUACCGCAGGUGGUUCACACCAAGAGUCUACCCACCCCUGGUGGGGCUUUGGGGAACCCCCCGAGCAGUGGGGAGAGAAGGCUGGAGGCCAGCCUGGGGAGGCCGGAAGUCAGCAUGAUGAAUGGCAGUGCCAGUAAGAAUCUGAAGUUCAAAAUGAGCCCCAGUGCUCCAGAGACCUCACGGAAUUCCCAGCAUCAGCUGAGCCCAGAGGUCUCUUCCAGCUCCAGAGCACCCACAGGCAGCCGGGCUGACAGCCUGCAUCUCUCCCCACAAGGGGACAGGCUGCCUGUUCAAAGUUUCCCUCCCAAAAGCUAUCUUUUGCGAGCGAGUCGAGAGUCAGUGAGCAAGCAGGCUACAGGGGAGGUGGCAGGCAAGGGUGGGCCAGAGGGUGCUAAGCCUUCCCUGCACAAGCAGGGCACUGUCUCUGGCCAGGGAGAAAAGGGACAGCUGGAGAGCACGCCCCAAAGCAGCAAGCUCGAGGAGAGCAGCCUGGUUCCCCGGGCUGCCUACCCCAUGGCUCUGCAGAGCCCCAGUUGCCACUCUCGAGGACACAGCCCCAGCUGCCAGCUGCGAGGCCAGAGCCCCAGCUGCCAUCCUCAAGGCCAGAGCCCACUGAGGUCCCAAGUUGCCGGCCGGCAGGUGAGCACCAUGCCCUCUAGGAAGCUUGAAACAACCCUGGAUGGAGCCCACCCGACCUCUGAAGGCCCCACAAAGCCCAAAUCAUCUCGAGGUCCUUUCCGACUACGCAAUUUAUUCUCUGCCACCUUCCCAACCCGCCAGAAGAAGGAGACUGAUGAACGGCAGGCCCAGCUGCAGAAGGUAAAGCAGUAUGAGUUGGAGUUCCUCGAGGAACUUCUAAAGCCACCAAACCAGGGGGAGCUGCCGGGCACUGAGUACCUGCAACCCCCAGCACCAGGACGCUGCAGCUGUCAGCUACGCAGCAGCCCCGUGCAACAGGGGCCUGGCAUGUCCCGCGAGCAGAGGCGCAGCUGCGAUUGUAAGCGCAUCUGCCGGGGGGGCCGGCCACAGGCCCCCCAGACACCAGUGCAUGGCCUACAGGGGAGGGAGAGGGACAGGAUCCCCCCUACCCAGAGGCAGCCUGAAGCUGGCCCAGACUUGAGCCUCAGCAGUCCCACCAAUGUCCGACGCAUCCGCUCCACCAGCCUGGAAUCCCGAGAGUGCCGAUCGGACCCUGAGAGUGGUGUUUCGUGCCUGACCACGUGUGCCUCGGGGGGCGAGUGUCUGGGAGCUCCCAACUACAGGAAACUGAUGCGCCGCUACAGUAUCAGUGAGCUGGACCAAGGUGACAGGGCCUCGCUGACCUCAGACGUCUAUCCACAUCCACCCUUAGGCAUGCUGCCCAGGGAGGCCAAGGAGGUAGAGGCAGGCCUCCCCCUAGUCUUGGGUCCCAAAAGCAAGCCGCUGGAGUCCCCAACCCUGGGAGACCCCUCAUAUGUCCAGGUUGCCUCUGAGACCAAAGGCCCCAGGCAGAUGGCCAUGUUCUCAUUGCCAGAAGAAGUGUACCGGAAGCCUGCUGAGCUGGACGAGGACAGUGAGAGCAGCAGCAAGUGCUGCUCCAUCCGCUACUGCUUCUACUACCGCAAGUGCGACAUGGCGGAUGACACCAGUGAUGGCAAAGAUGAGCUCUCCUACUCCAUCCCCAUGAAGAUUCUGCCAGGCAUGAAGCUGGAUGAGCAGGUGGUACCUGUAGUGAGUAGGACCCUGCAGGUGCUGGAUGCUGCCACCUGCAACAGCAGCAGCCCUGAGGCCUCCCGCACCCAGGAGAUUGACCUGCGGGUGUCCACCUUCGAGGGGAGCCUGGCCAAGAUCAAUGCCCUGCGGGCCCACGCCUAUGGCCUGCCUGACGGCUUCCUGGCUGCCCGGCUGGACACCAAUGAGCUGCUGACAGUCCUGCGGCAGUGUGUAGCCAGCCCUGAGGCCCGUGCCCCCAAGCCCUACGUCUCCCAGAUCUCUGAGUACAAGCUUGAGCUGGCUCUCAAGUUCAAGGAGCUCCGGGCCUCCUGUCGCCGUGUGGCUAACGUGGACAAGAGCCCAACUCACAUGCUGGCAGCCAUCACGGGCAGCUUCCAGGUGCUGAGCAGCCUCAUUGAGACCUUCGUGCGGCUGGUGUUCAUCGUGCGUUCAGAGGCCCAACGCCAAGAGCUGCUGGCCAAGGUAGAAGAGGUGGUGAGGAACUACACCUUCCUGCUGCGUGCUGCUGAGGAGUCCACAGCCCGGAACCUUAACCAGCAGCAGCAGCUGCAGCAGCAGCAGCAGCAACAGCAGCAGCAGCAGCAGCAGCAGCAGCAGCAGCAGCAGGUGGCAGCAGCUAUAGGGGUAGCCCUGGAACACCCACCAGGCUCCCCAACUUCGGCGACUGUUAUGAGCACAUUCACCCGCUCCUUAAAAACCCUUAUUAAGUAGGGCAUCUGCCCAGGCCUCCCCCUUCCCCUUCCUAGGCCCCAGGUUUGAGAUUUGCGGUCCUUAUAUCCUGUGGUGAGUGUAUGUCUCUGCUGGGCCAGUCAGGGUCCAAGAGCCUUCAGUCUCCAGGGAGCGAAGACUCCCUGCAUUGAGGCUGUCCCUGAGGACUCGGGACCACUGCAGCCCUGGGUGUCCUCACCUCUUCCCUGGCCUUUAGGUGCCACUGUGAGGGCCCAGGCUCCACCUCACUACGCCGGCCACAGAGCUGUAUUUUAUCUCUUCUCUAGGGCUGAGAGGUGACAUCAGGCACACUUCCUGCUCCAUUUUUGGGGACAGGGAAGCCAGGGCCUAAAGCAGGCAGGCCCAAGGGCCCUGAGCUCCUCUUGGCAUCUGUUCCCCUCCAGGGAGCAGUGGCAGUAGCAGCAGGCCACAGUGCUAAGUGGAGGGGAGAGGGCACUCAGCCCAGAUGUGCCCACCCACCCUGGGCUCACAUUCACUUGGCAAAGCCACCCCAGAGGGCCCGUGCCCAGGUGGUAAUCCUGCAGAAAACAGCCACACGGGGCUGUUUGCAGCCGGCCCAACAGGCUGGCAGCCUCUGGAGCCCUCGCCCCCAGGCCUAGUAGCUCCACACCAGCCAUCCCCAAAGUGCCCUGCCCCUCAGUGACGGGCAGGGCAGCUCAGUCCACUAGGGAGCAAGUAUCUGGGACCACCCCACUCGUUUUGGAUAAGGUACCUGGUGGAAAUGUCUGCCCUGGGGAGACCCAGAGCAGGCCUUGGAGCCUGCCUGGCCCAGCCCAGCGUAGUGCACGGGCUGUGGCUACAGGUGUGCAGCUCCUCUCUCAACAUCUCUCUACCAGACAGACUGUCCUUAGGAGUUCGACUUAGCUAUG